GGACUGGUGGACGGGUUCAGCCGAAGUGUGCCUGCAGAGCCGCCCUGUUUUCCAACAGACCAGCCGUCCGAUUAUUAAUGCCUCUCUCUUAAUGCCUUCCUCGGCAAAAUCAAACCUGUGCUCUUAUAUUUUAGAAGAUUUCUUUUGUCAUUCACCUUUGCUAAAAUCUCUUCCCUGAUUUUCUCUCCUAUCGUUUCCUUUUCUCGCCUCCUUGUCUCAAUCCUGUUCCCCGGUCCGGGGAACGUGCGUGAGUUUCAGGGCACAGGCAGGAACAUGGGUUUAUGUUUGCUGCUGCUGCAUUUUUGUCUGCUGGGAGUGCUGGACGGGAAAGGCCAGGACCAGGGGUACCUGACAGAGUCGCUAAGAGCUCUGGAUCUUUCCCUGGGGAAUGAAGACGAGCCCAAGCUCCAGAAGAACAGAACCAGUGUCCUGAUUACCAAACUCUUCCAGACUGUGCACUGUGCAGAGAGGACAGGCGUCUCCCAGGAUCUGUGUGAGAAGUGCCUGACGUCAGACAUGGUCCUCUCUUUGCUGGAGGACGAUGAAAGGGUUUACCUAAAUGAAGAAGACUACCAGCGGAUGUCAACUCUCCUGCUGUAUUACAUAAUCAACAUGAAAGAUCUCUGUGUGUCAAACACGACCUCGUCAUUUCAGUUCUAUCUUCAGGCCCUCACCAACCUACAUCCAGUUGAGGACAAUCACUUCCUGUCAUACAGCGAGACAGAAAGUAUUUUGCAGCUCAUCAGCCAGCACCAUCACCCUUACAAUAAACACAAUUCCUCUGAUUCGCAAUGCAUUGAAUCAGCUCACCUCCUAGAGGAUGUGGACACUGAGGGGACUUCUGGUGCAGGGCUGACAGCUGUGCCCAGACUUGCUGCAGCAAUCAUCAGCCAUAUCCUGCAGGGCCACUGUUUCACACGGAGGAACCUCCCAUCCCCUGCUUUCUUUACAGACUACAUAUUUCAUUCUCAAAAUUGUACGAGGAAUAUGCAGAUUAAAGACCUGAAGGAGCUGCUUCAUCAGUUGGGAAUAGGUCACGAAGAAGCGGCAGACUCUCAUGACAGGAAGCGGCAGAGCACCAGGAGCUCACAGAAGCUGGUAAUGCAUUCGGUGGACAGCUACAACCACAAAAAUGAAGAAAUAAGCAGAGACUGGGGACAGAUGUGUUUCUCAGCCAGUCAGCUGAUGGAUAUAUUUGCUCUGGAUCCUCAUUUGGCCAUGUCUGAGGACAACUUCAGACAAAUUUGUCCUGCCAUCGUUCAGCAGUUGCUAAGCAAUACCUGUGGCUCUUCAGAGCAAAAAAAAUCGGAUUCUUUGCCAAGUGCUAUUGAGAAGUAUGGCUACAGCACAGCUGCCGUUCUGCUUAUUACAGUGGGAUCCAUGUUCAGCAUCUGCCUGAUCUUCUUCAACUCCUGUCAGGAGACCUACACAAUCAUUCUGCAGCUGUUCGUGGGCUUGGCGGUGGGAACCCUCUCAGGAGACGCUCUCCUGCACCUUAUACCACAGAUCCUCGGCCUCCAUGAUGAAUCUCACAGUCAUCAUGAUAAGGACUAUAUUGAGGAAAAGGAUUAUCUGUGGAAGAUUCUGGGCCUGAUCGCUGGAAUUUAUGGCUUUUUCAUCAUUGAAAGGAUAUUCUCCUUUAUGGGCCCUUGUCAUGGCCAUGGUCACUCCAGCGAUCUUCCCUUAGAGCUGAACUGUAAUUCUCAGUCACAGAAGGGCAAAUCCAUCUCUACCAUCCAGCUGGGAACAGAGGAUGAUUUAGAGUGUCCAGAAAUAUCUCCUGAACAUACAGACAGGAUAAAUGCUCAACAGAAACAAGGGGUUCCUCUGCUGGCUGUGAUGAUAAUUGUGGGAGACAGUCUUCAUAACUUUGCUGAUGGCCUGGUUGUCGGGGCAGCUUUCUCCUCUUCAGUGGAGACUGGCAUGGCAACCACUGUAGCCAUCCUUUGCCAUGAGAUACCGCACGAGAUGGGGGACUUUGCAGUGUUGCUUAGCUCUGGACUUUCUGUGAAGACUGCUGUGCUGAUGAACUUCCUCAGUGCUCUGACAGCCUUCAUGGGCCUGUAUGUUGGACUUUUUGUUUCUUCAGAGACAGACGUACAGCAAUGGAUUUUCUCUGUCACUGCUGGGAUAUUUCUGUAUUUAUCACUGGUAGAAAUGCUUCCAGAGAUGAGUCGAGUGAAGACCGACAGACCGUGUCUCUUGUUUUUCCUGCAGAACAUUGGUCUUCUGAUGGGCUGGGCUUGCCUUUUGUUGCUUGCAAUUUUUGAACAUAAACUCAAGUUCUGAAUGCAGUAUAUAAUGCUUUAUACAGAGGACAGGACUAAAACAAAUACAGGCUUAAUCUAAUGAUUUAUUUUUAUUUGGGGUUUUUUUUGCAAGUGGUUAAAUGUUUAGUUGCCUUGUAAUUAUCACACCAUGCUCUACAAAUGCAAGAGUUAGAGUUUGUGACAGCAUUGAAUCCCCAAUAUAUGUUUCUUUUUUUUUUUUUUUUACUUAAUGAUGAACUUUUUUUUAUCUCAAACACAAUGGCUGCCUUUAUUCUGUGAAUUUGUUUAGACUUUCUACUGGCCUAUUUGGCAACAUGUACAUAUGUGCAUAUCUGCUGCUUGGUAAAAUAUUACUGAAGCCUCAGAAAAUGAAAAAGUUUGAUUUCUAGAUCAAUUUGCAUCAAAAAAUUGAUAAAAAAAAAUGUAUCACAAAUUUUCUAAUUUCUUGUUCGAAUGUGUUAAAUACAUUUUUAGUUUAGUUUAGUUUGCUUAUUUUGUACAAAUAUUUUUUAUCUAAAAGAUCAGUGAAAUGUUUUACCCCUGAGAAUGAGAAAACUAAGAUGCUGUUAAAUGCAUACACUUUCAGAGAAUAUUAUUGAAAGUAGAGCAAAGAAUAUUAUUUAUAAGGUGAUACUGGAGUGCUGCCAGACAUAUCUGGAAAAAAAACUCUCCAUUUUAUCUAUUCAUAAUCAGAUAUUCACAGCUGGGUAAAUGUACUUCUUAAAAAAAUAAAAAUCAACAAAUAUUAGAUUUGCACUUUAAAACUAA